AUGUUAGUUUCCAGCAGUGAGCUUUCUUUCUCGGUGGUCUUCUACCGCCGCGAAACCCCCCAUCAACUGGAACGCCGAAAGGCCCUGUCGGACAUCCCUAGCUGUAGGCCUUUCAUCCACGAGGAACGCGGUGGAAUUCCCGCCAGAAUGGAGAAUCGAGACGCUCAACACUUGUCCUCAAAAGUUCCCAACCGUUUCUUCAAGGUGCCGAACAAGUACAACCCCUACCACCGCGCCUUCGAGAACCGUGUCGGCGUGCGACACCCGUCCGUCAAGGCAAUACGGGCCAAGUUCUUCAAAGCCGUGCUCGGUAACUUCGCCAUCCUGCAACUGCUCUUCUUCACGCUGUUCUGCUACAUCUUCGGCACGCUGUACUCGCAAAAUGCCCACGUAUACAACAUCAAGAUUAUCUACACCGACUACGAUGGUGGAGUGAUAGGCGCGAGCGUCCGUGCGGCGUACGAGAGGCUGAAGGCUGACUCGUACCCGACGUUGAUCGAGGUUUCCGCAGUCGGUCAAACCCCAGAUGUUGGAGCUCUGCGGAGCGACGUGUGCCGACGCCGCUACUGGGGCUCCAUCUGGACGCAUCCCGGCGCUUCUGAUCGUCUUUCCGCGGCGCUGGCUGGUGGCUCAGCAGCUGCCAACUACGAUCCUACCGACGUACUGACCUUCGCCUGGGACGAAGCGCGAUACCCCACCGCCGCAGACUCGAGCGUCCUGUCAACGCUUACCGCCUUGUCCGCUGCCGCACGAGUCGCAUACACGUCGAUCAACGGAUCAGGCGCUAUCAACACCAUGGAUCGCGCAGACCCAAAUGCUGUGGGGGCGUACAGCAAUCCCUGGACUCUGGGGCAGAUCAACAUCAAACAAACGAAUCAGGGUAGCCGGGCGAUUUACAACACGCUGUGCAUCAUCCUGAUCCUCAUUCAAGAAUUCUUCUACCUGGCUGCACUCAAUGGCAUGUACGCCGCUUUCAAGUUCUAUGAGCGCCUCUAUCCACACCGAAUCGUCGCCUUCCGCUUCGCCAUUUCAGCAGGGUACUGCUUCGUCGGCAGCCUUUGCGUGACUGCCGCAAUCUGGAUCUUCAAGGAUGGAUGGGAGGUGGGCGGAGGGCAGUUCAUGGUCACGUGGAUGGCUGUCUGGCUAUUCGCGCACGUCAACUUUCUCGUGUUAGACGUCAUCACAGUAUGGGUACCGUUAAGCUUCGUGCCACUCGGGCUCAUUACAUGGAUCGUACUGAAUGUUGCAUCCAUUCUCCUCCCUUUCGACCUGGUCCCUGGAUUCUACCACUGGGGUUAUGCGCUGCCUGCGCACUGUGUGUACAGCACGCAGUUGGAUAUCUGGUCUGGAGGCUGCAACAAUGAACUACACGUCAACUUGCCUGUAUUGUUCGCAUGGGAACUCUCGGGUCUGGUCCUCUCCUACUUGGGCGUCCAUCGACGAUGCCACUACGCUGUCAUCGCGCAGGAAGCGCAGGAGCAUCAGUUUCGGGAGAAGCUGCAAGAUGCGUUGGUAUUCGAAAAGAAGCGCGACGCAGAGCGGUCAAAGGAGCGUGCGCGCCGGAAGGAAGCGGCUGUUGGCGCAGUAACCACCGAAGACCGGGAAAGAGAAGAAGAAGAGGCCAUUGACAGCGCUGAGGCAAGGGAUGAGGAGGAUAUGGACGCUGAGCUCAGACGGGAGCAGAGUAAGAGUCGUGCCGAGAUGAAGAAGGUCCAGAGUAACGUGCAUUUUGGGCCAAGCUUCUCGAAUCCCUUCGGAAGCAGUGGCGAUGAUUGA